AUUUGUCAGUAUUUAUUAAGAUUUCGUAGCAAAAAACAAAUGAAAAAUGGAUUGGGUUCAUUGCAAUAAGUGUUCCAUUAAGUACAUUUCCAACAUAAAAUUUAUGCUCACUGAAUGCGGUCAUAUUUUUUGCGAAACAUGUAUAAAACAGAUAAAACAGGAGAAAACGUGCACAAUUUGCAAAAAGUCAUGCAAAAAUUUUAUGCCCCUUUCGAAGGAGAUGGAUACGAAUUUCCAACAAUUCUUUCUCCCUUUUGAUCAGGUUAUGAAAAGGACUCUGGAGGUCUACAACUUUCAACAUUUGCAAAAAAAUAGACUACUUCAGAAUAUGUGCGCCAAAUAUAACAUGGCCAAAAAGGAAAACGUAAAACUGCAUCAGAUCAUAAAAAAAUUACAUACGGAAAAUGAAACGUUACGUUCCGUGGCUAAUUAUCGGGGCAACAACAGAGUUCCAUAUAUGACCAGUACACCCAUGAGUAUGCAAACACAGAGUUCUCUAAUGAAUCCGGAUGGUACGUAUUUGUCCUCCGGUCAAAGAAGAAGAAAUGGUGGCCCAAUUCGGACACCUUGGUCAGGUCAGUUUAAUCGAGCGUCGGAAACGGACGGGAGAAUGUACCCUUCCCCACAAAUGGAUCAAUGGUUAUUUGGCUUACAAUUUGCAUGGUAAUUCUACAUUAAUUAAUUAAGCAAAUAUAUAAUAUAUA